GAAACGGAGCGUGAUGAACUUUCAGAUGAAGAGGAGGAACUAGAGGAGAAGGAAAAUGCUGAAACUAUUCUCCUGGGUUUCCUUUCCCUCUGUGAACAGUGUUACCUUGCUCCCCGAAUUUAUGAUGUUGCCAAGUCUUAUGAAUGGCGGGAAAAAAUUCUUCCAGCAUAUGAUGAAGAAAGAUUUAAAAAACUUUUUCGUCUGUCCCGUCACAGCUUUACUUUGGUAGUUGCGCACAUAAAAAAUAAUAAUGUAUUCAUUUCUGAAGGCAAUAAACAACAAGCUCCUGUGGAAUUACAACUAGCUGUUUUUUUGAGAAGGUUAGGAACUAUGGAAGACAUCUUUAGCAUUGGUUCCCAAUUUGGCAUUGCUGAGGGGACUGUUAUUCUUUAUUCAAAGCAGGUUAUGAAAGCUUUAUGUCAUCUCCAGGCUAAAUUUGUAAAAUGGCCUUCCAAUGCACCAAAGAAAGAUCCAGAAACUUUUUUUAAUCAUAAAAAGCAGUACUCUAUUCAAUACCAGGCCAUUGUUGAUGCUAAUGGUAUCUUUACUGAUUUUUACAUUGGUUGGCCAGGUUCUGUACAUGAUGCAAAG